CUACACCUUUACCAAUGAACUGACGGAAACCUGCAAGAACAUGGUUAAAGUGGUGGCAUCAGUCUCGGGAGUUAUUGGAACCUCCGGAGAUAUCUCCAUAGAAGAAUUACCACCGGUUGAAGACGGUUCGUUCAAAUUUUUAGGAGCGGGAAAUAUAGAAGUAUCGUGGAAAUCACCAAAUAUAGGUUCAGAGUCGUGUACAUUUAUGUACGACUUGAAAUUAAAGGAGACAGGUGCCUCGGACUUUAUUAUAGAUCAUUUCGAUAAUUGGAGUACAAAACCAUUCUUAUGGAAACCUAAUAAUAUUGAUGGCAUAAAUGAUUGCGGUGAUAUGAUAGUUACAAUUACCACCAAAUCUGAAUCAAAAUCUGGAACCUCUGUGACGCUAGAUUGUGAACCACAAAACUUAAUUGUUUAGCGUAGAUUUAUACAAAUUUCUAUUCAUAUCUUAGAAUUAUAUUAUUAUAUUAUUUUAGUACUCUUAGGUAAAAAUUUCAAUUAAUUGUUAAUAUAUUAAUUUAUAGUGUUUUAUUAGUACAUAUCCUGUUUAUGGUUGUCAAUAAAAUGAAUUAGAACAUUCUUCAA